ACAGCAGCCGCUGAUCUUGCGGACCUUCAGCACGGACGGCUCGGCUUCUUCACCGUCGGGCGUGGGGGGCGUCGACGCCCGACGGAAGAACGUGCCCCGCUUGCGUCCGACACCUGAGCCGGGGGUCCCUGACGCACGGGUCGGGGUGGGCGAAACUUAAGGUCCGGCUCGGACGCUGCUGUCACUCCGUUUAUUUUGGGACUGUCAUGGCGUGCGGGGCUUGCGUUCGGGGCCGGGGGGGGGUCGAGACGGCAAGAGGCCACUUCGACACUCCGGGCUGCGACGAGCAGCCGGACGGACAGACGGGCCCCCCCCCCCCCCCCUCCCCAACCUCCCUGCGCCGCUGCACCAGGAGGCAGAAGCACUCAUGGCGGUCGCAUACGGAGCCGCCGUCCCGCCCGGACUCUUUCCCCUCCAGUACCCGCCUCCCUUGUUGCCCAAACCCGGCAAGGACAACGCCCGUCUGCAGAAACUCCUGAAGCGGAACGCCAAGAAGAAGACUCCCCCGCUGGCGUCGCAGGCGUCCGGCCCUUUCCGAUCCAGCCUCUCCCCCGUCGACGAAGCCAGUCCCGACCUGGAGCGGAGCGACCACUACACGCCGCCCAAAACUCCCGAGGUCCCGUACGCCUUCUACGCCGCCCAGCAGUCGUCCCGCUUCGCCGCCCGGACCCGUUAUCAGCACGUGGCGUCGCCGUACCCGCGGCGGGCGGCCUUUUCUCGAGCGGGCCGGUUCUCGCCUCAGCCGCUCGCCCCGGAAGACGGCAGCGUCGCGGCGCCUCUGUAUUCAAGUUUGCCGCAACUGAUUCCGGGGCCACCCCCGCCCGUGGUCCCUGUCCAGCCGACGCCCACUAUAAUCCCUCAGCAACCUCCUCCUUCUGUCCCUCACCCGAGGGCGCCUCCUCCUGAACGGAAACCCCCAGAUUUGAGUCCCGGACCAGCUGCAGCCCCAAGAACCGAGCCAAAACCAGCGAGCCCCAAUCCGACCUCGUACCCAGGACCGGCAGCUCGAGCUUUCACUCGGCCACUCACUGUGCUGACUCAGUUCGUCAAGCCAAAAAGUCCUCGUCCGACGUUCAAAGCCACCGAACCCCCGAAAUCUCCGAGGUCCAUGUUUGAAGUUCCUCAAAUGCGCUUGUACACUGCGAGCACAUCCUAUUACGAGACGUCCAGGACGCCGCCCGUGUAUGACACCUUUGCCCUAACCGCCAUCGGCGGCACCCUCCCCACUGAAAGCAACCAAGAAGCAGGCCCGGCAUUCGAGGCUAGGAGUACCAGGACCCCGAAUACGGUAGUGCCCUCGGAACCACAAUCCAAAACACCGACUGCAGACGCAAGAAGAGAAAGAGUAAAAGUCGAAAUCAAUGCAGUAGCAGUAGCAGCAGCUCCAGCCAUUGAGCUCAGGAGGGCCACACCCACAGCUGAAACGACAGUCAAAACACCGACCCAGGAAAUGGAAUCACCACCGUGCCUCACGGCGCGUCCGAGAACGCCGGCAAAGCGUGCCGCGACACCCUUGUUUGAGAUCUCCAAACCUAACCCUCUCUUGUUUGCCGUGUCACCAGCGAUGAUGGAGCCAGAGAGAGCGAGAACCCCUAAAAUGAGAGCCAAGAACCCCGAGAUCACUGUGCCUGUGACGGGUCUGAACGGGCUCCCACAGACAAUUACAAAGUCCAAAUCAGAAUCCGAUCUCACAAGACGAACUCCGACAGCGGAGCUAACACCAGCAGUGACAAGCUUCGGAUAUCAGAGGCCGAAAACUCCAACCUACGAGGCAUCCCGCCUGCUCAGCUCAUCACCAGCUUUUAAAAGACCGAGAACUCCCACAUACGGGACGUCCCUCCACGGUGGGCCUGCUGCAGUCUUCCAGAGAUCAAAGACACCAACUCCAGUGGGGCCCAAAACUAAGUCUGCCUACCGGGGACUGACACCUGUAGAGUACGCGGCUUACGGCGGAAUCAGAACGCACACGCCGGCCUUUGCGAUUACCGGAUCUCAGGCGACCACUCGCGAGGAGCCCGCAUCUACCCAAAUUAAAACACCGCCGCGAGAACAGACAGUGUCCGAAGUCAAAGAGAGCCCCCAAACUGACGAGAAGGUCUCUGCUGCCCCAACAAUUCCCGUGAUUGUUGUUUCCAAGACACUAGAAACCUCAGCAGUAACACCGAAAGCAGAACCCAGGGUGGAUCCUCCACUGCUCCCUGGGGGAAAACAACCGCUCCGAGAAACACCAAACAUCAAACUUCCAAGCUUAGAGGAGGGAAAUCCCAUCCACCAGAAGUCAGACUUGGCAAAACCUCCUGUGGCCGAACAAGCUUCUCCUGCUCCUGAGAAAGACCGUGUGACGGCAGUCAGAAAGCUUCUUGGCAAACAGAAAGUCCUGCCCUCCAAAUACCAAGAUCAGGCAAAGGCUGAGGAGUCAGUAAAAGUCACAGAGGUGGUUGCAAAAUCCACCCAAAGUCAAAACAAAGACAACAAAGCUGGAACAUCUCCGACACCUGAGGAGAAAGAUGAAGAUCCACCCAGAACUCUCCAGAAGCCGAAGGCAUCGAAAUCCAAAAUGAGUGGCUGGUCCAGACUGAAGAAGCAUAUGGUGGUGGAGCAGGAAGUGCCUUUGUUUCCACAGGCAGAGGCAGCAGAACGGGACCGGGUCCAGGGCCAGGGCCAGGGCCAGGGCCAGGGCCAGGGCCAGGGCCAGGGCCAGGGCCAGGGCCAAAGCCAGGGGGUCCACACUGCCGGUUCCGCACCCCCUAAAGCCAGCAAGAUGUGGGACGCCGUCCUCUUCCAGAUGUUCUCCAGCAAGGAGAACAUCAUGCACCAGAUUGAGUUGAAGAAGAAGGAAGAGCAACAGAAGGGGGAGGAGAAGAAAGACAAGGAGCAGGCCAGGGAAAUCCCGUCCUUUGCAUACCGGCUGCCCAUCUUGCUCUUCAGCCCCAAGUUUGACGCCAAGAAGCUGAGGGAGGCGGCCUCCAGGCCCCUCACCAAGUUCUCCACCGUCUUCGAGAUGGGUCUGAUCGGACGCAAGGCCAAAGAAGACGAACCAAAAGACUUUAACAGAACCGCCAAGGGUUUCAGCUCUUCUUAAGAGGCCCGGAAGGCCCCUCGGAUAUUUCAGGAUAGCUCGAGUCAAGAAAAGCACGGGCGGGUGGACUCUGCUCUCUAAUCGCCAGGCCUGGAAAAAGUUUUGCGCCGGCUCGGACAUCACGUGAGCAUCUCAUUUCAUGUCUGAUGAUUAAAAGUCUUGAUAUUUCAAGUCAUUAACAAGUUCAAAAUGUUCCUUUGGUGGUCUUUGACGUUCGCCACGGUGCUACUUGCUCGCCCUGAACUUUGAUGCUUUGAUUUUGAGCUCUGAGUUUGUGCCACAAAUAACAAGACGAGACAAGACAAGACUCUUUUUGUGUUUUCGAGUAGGCUGAAGUGGAAAAACUAGAACGAGAAGGUUUUUGUCAAGAGAAUGUGGAAUGUCUGGAAGGCCGGCGUGAAAGUCGAGAUGGAGAUGAAGAGUUGGGAACUUUUCAAAUGGCGGAUUGACUGUCCGGCAGUCUUGCUGCUUUUCUGCCUCGCGUGCACGACUCCCCUCUGUGUGUUUGCCUUGGCUUUUUUUUUUUUUUUCCAUCCACGUGUGAAUCGAAUCUGAAUUUCUACUUUCACUUCCCAAGGGAUUUUCAAAAUAAACCAACACAGGCAAACUUUUUCACCUCUUGCCAAUUUCUGUCGAUCUCGUAUCGCUCCAGAGCGCGUAACGGCCAAUUUGGGUUCGGGUUUGGAGGGGAGGGGAGAGUUAAAGGUUCAAGUUAGGGUUUCGGAUUUCACGUCGGGCUCAUAGAUUUAGGGACGUGGGUUUAGCUUUAGCAUUUGUGGUUUUGAUCAAAGGUCGGGGGGGGACGAGUUCAUUUUAUGUCUCAUUCGAUAAGAUAUUGAACUUUUUAGUAGCUUCAUUUGGUAGCGUACCUCGAGCACACCGGAAAUAUUUCCCAGCCAAAAUGAGACCGCUGGGGAGUGGUGGUGAUGUGAUUGGGGUUUACUUUCCAGAGGCUCGGGAACUUUUUCCUGAACACGCGGGUCUGGUGCGGUUACUUCAGUCCUUAAAUCGGGAUUACACAAAAGGUGCAGUACAUGGUUGUUCUGGGGACCUCCGACCGGUAAGCUACAGAGAGUACUUUUUCAAACUUUGUUCCUAGGAUCAUUUCCGAACCAAAGGAAGUGGUCAGGACGCUUUUACGCUGCAGGUGUUCGCCUGAGAUUUCAAAUCAUGGAACCCGUUUCCCAAGGAUUAAGCGUUGCCGUUCAUCUCUGGUCCAAAAGUGCUCCGAGUGUUGUGUUCCUUUUAACAGAAGGCUGGUGUGACUU